AUGAAUUUUACAGAUAUAGACCAGCGACCAGCUAAGAAGAGGCGGUUUUUCUUUGACGAUGAGCCGGAAGCUGGUUCAGACGGCGAUCAAUCCAUACAACACGCCGACGCGUCACCGCGUUUGGGGCCUCCUAACGAUCCAUCAGCCGCACUUCCGCCGAUUGCACAACACACCGAUUCCGCUGUAUCGGUUCAAGACACAGCACCGUCGGCAAACAUAAAGGAUGAAUUCGAUGUUGGGUUCUUUACGAGCGUGGUUGGGGAUGAGCUCCCCAAGACCACUAUUCAAAAGGUUCGGGAACUGGCAGGUGAUAACAUGGAGAGAGCUAUCAAUAUAUACUUCGAUGGAUCUUGGAAGAAAGAGGCGAAAGAUUUGGGAGCUACCAGGUUGAAUCAAACCCCCUCAAUGGCGCAGCCUCAAUCCAAACAGCCCUUGCCGUUGCAACCGGCCAUUCAUUCAGAUCCACAUCCCCUGUUGGGUGAAGUCGAUAUCCUUGCAGAGGAUCCAGAAGCCAGAUAUCUCGGAGCCUUUGGGGUUGGUGGCUGGGCUACUCGCUCUGGCCCGAGCCUUCUUAAACAUGGGGAGGAGGUUCGCAUCGAACGAUCCAAGGCGCAGCUCAAUUUCAAGCCUGGCAGAGGGGGACGUGGCGCUUCACGUUCCACAAAUCAAAGAGCAGAUGUUAUUACCAGAUUCACAACUAGUCGCGGCGAUGAAAUUGGAAGAUUGCCUCGGGAGACUGCCGAGUGGGUUUCAACGUUGAUCGAUCAAAAGAUUUGCAAAUUCACCGGUACUUGCGUGUAUGCGCCAGACCGGAUCCGGGUCAAUGAUACUAUAUACUUGCAAAUAAGGGCUUUUUUGUUAAAAGAUUCCUUUCGUAAAGGCGCAUUUUCCUCAGAAGAGGAUCACACUCCUCGGUUGUUUGAACAACAGGAAACAGCGGAAGAAAAGGCCCUUCGCUUGCGACAAGCGGCUCUUGUGACGCUUUUUGACGAAAUCAAUCUCAAGCCUACGUCGACUAACGAAACGACCGCGCGAUACAAAAAGGAAGGGUUGCUCAAAGCCGCUGAGAGGGUCGAGGGACAUGGGACCAAAGGGGAAACACCCUCAUCUCAGGAUAAAGGGCGAUCAUCAGACGAUGGAGAAGUGGAGCAGUUGGACCAGGACCAACUUGAUACUCUGUAUCAAAAAGCGCAACGAUUCGAUUUCAAUAUGCCAGAGGCCACCCCCGGAAAUUAUUUCGCAAUGGACCUCAGAAAAUAUCAAAAACAGGCAUUACAUUGGAUGCUAAGUAAGGAGAAAGAUAUGAGUUCCAAUAGAGAAACGUCAAUGCAUCCCCUUUGGGAGGAAUACGCCUGGCCCGCAACAGACGUUGAUGAUAAGCCGCUACCUCAAGUCCGUGACAGAGAUAAACUUUAUGUUAAUCAUUAUUCAGGAGAGCUGAGCUUAGAAUUUCCUAUUCAGGAUCAGCAUUGUCUUGGUGGUAUACUUGCAGAUGAGAUGGGCCUCGGGAAAACAAUCGAAGUCAUGAGCUUGAUCCAUUCACACAGACCGGACUCAGCCACUCUUGAAACCAGCUCCAAACAAUCUCCGAAUGCUUUGUUGGCAUUAACAAACUCGUCUUCCACAGCAGCUGAAGCUCCAUACACAACCCUUGUUGUGGCUCCAACCUCUUUGCUUUCUCAGUGGGAAAGUGAAGCUAUAAAGGCAUCCAAUUCAGGAUCCGUGAAGGUCCUUGUUUACCAUGGAAGUGACAAAUCGGUUGAUCUCAGGGCUUUGUGCUCUUCUACUAACCCCGAAGGGCCACUUAAUCUUAUAAUCACCAGCUAUGGAGUUGUCCGCUCAGAAUUUUUCCAAAUCGCUUCGAACCGCGGCCGUAGCAGCAUUGCUCAGAGCGGGUUAUUCUCUAUAGAAUUCUUCCGUGUAGUUCUUGACGAGGCGCAUUACAUCAAAAACCGCGUGUCUAAGACUUCACGGGCAUGCUGCGAAUUGAAGGCGAUCCAUAGGUGGGCGUUAACUGGUACCCCGAUCGUGAACCGGCUUGAAGAUCUCUUUAGUCUUGUACGAUUCCUUAAGGUUGAACCUUGGUGCAACUUUUCCUUUUGGAGAACAUUUAUUACCAUCCCAUUCGAGUCGAAAGAUUUUGUUCGUGCCCUUAAUGUCGUACAAACAGUCCUAGAACCUCUAGUCCUUCGGAGGACGAAAAAUAUGCAAACCCCAGAAGGCGAGCCUUUGGUGCCACUGCCUGCUCGGGCUAUUACAAUUGAGAAUAUCGAGCUUUCCGACCAGGAGCGAGAUAUUUAUGACAUUAUCUUCACUCGUGCAAAACGUACCUUUAAUGACAACGUGGCGGCGGGCACCUUGUUAAAGUCGUAUACCACUAUUUUCGCUCAAAUUCUUCGAUUGCGCCAGACUUGUUGUCAUCCAGUUCUCACGAGAAACCAAAAUAUUGUUGCAGAAGAAGAAGAUGCUGCUUUGGCUUCUGAAGGUGCGAAUGCUCUUAAGGACGACAUGGAUCUCCAGGAGUUAAUCGACCGUUUCACUGCCUCCACUAGCUCUAAUAACGACGUUGAGCCUCAGGAUCGAACAGCAAAUUUCACAACACAUGCUUUGAAACAAAUUCAGACAGAUUCAAGCGGUGAAUGUCCAAUCUGCUCAGAAGAACCAAUGAUUGUCCCUGCUGUUACCAGUUGCUGGCAUAGUGCAUGCAAGCACUGCUUGGAAAGCUACAUCCAGCACCAGAAGGAUAAAGGGGAAAUCCCUAGGUGUUUUUCUUGUCGGGAAACACUAAACACGCGAGAUAUAUUCGAAGUUGUGCGCCAUAAGUCCCCGGUGCCAUCACCAGUAGUGGAUGACCUAUACGACGAUUCCGAUUCCCCAACAAAUUCAUCAUCGCCUCCACGCAUUUCUAUUCGACGUAUUAACCCUUUAUCACCAUCCGCUCGUACUUCGGCAAAAAUUUUUGCGCUCCUAACCCACCUUUCUAGCCUGCCCAAAAACACUAAGGCAGUCGUCUUUUCACAAUUUACUUCGUUUCUAGAUUUGAUCGGUGCUCAGUUGACGCGCGAGGGCUUAGAUUUUCUCCGGUUUGAUGGCACCAUGCAGCAAAAGGCGAGAAAAGCCGUUCUUACCGAAUUCAGCCGUGUUCCAGAGGUCUUUUCCGAAGACGAGGAAGACGACGAUACUGCAAUUUUCCAAUCCACUCGCAGCCAUAAGCCUAAGAUACAUAAAUCUACUCCGAAUAUUCUCCUAAUCAGUCUUCGCGCUGGUGGCGUAGGCCUCAAUCUUACCGCUGCAAAUCAUGUAUACAUGAUGGAUCCAUGGUGGAGCUUCGCCGUUGAAGCGCAGGCAAUCGAUCGUGUUCAUAGGAUGGGUCAGCUAAAAGACGUCAAAGUGACGAGGUUCGUGGUGAAAAAUAGUAUUGAGGAGAGGAUGCUAAGAGUACAAGAGCGAAAGAUGAUGAUCGCGGGUUCUUUGGGCCUGAGAGUUGGGGAAGCGAGUGAAGAAGAAAGGAGAAAGGAAAGGAUUGAAGAGCUUAAGUUGCUUUUUGAAUAG